AUGGCAUCUUCUGCUCACCAAUGGACAUAUGAUGUCUUUGUGAGUUUCAGAGGUGAAGAUAUCCGUAAAACAUUUAUGGAUCAUCUCUAUAGUGAUUUCAGAAGGAAAGGAAUUUAUGCUUUCAAAGAUGAUGAUCAAUUAAAGAGAGGUGAACAGAUAUCAUCUGAACUCUAUAAAGCCAUUGAACAGUCAAGGUUUUUGAUAGUCAUAUUCUCAAACAACUUUGCUUCGUCUACAUGGUGUCUAAGGGAGCUUGUGAAGAUCCUGAAGUGCAAGGAGAUAGAGAAGGACAAAUAUGAAGUUCGGACACUCUUUUACAACGUCACACCUGCAGUGGUGCGUAAUCAAAGCGGUAGCUACAGAGAAGCCUUCAUGAAACAUGAAGCUUCAAAUAGAAUAGAGGUUUCUGAAUGGAAGGAAGCUCUGAAAUUGGCUGCCAACAUAUCUGGAUGGGAUCUCCUAGAUAUGUACAAUGGGCAUGAACCCAAGUUCAUAGAAACAAUCUCAAAAGAGAUAUUUUAUAAACUAACAAACGGGCCCUUAGAUGCUGGCGAGAACCUGGUUGGAUUGUACACCCGUGUAGAGCAAAUGGACUUUCUGAGAUUUGUGGGAUCAAGCAAGGUUCACAUAAUAGGAAUAUGUGGCAUUGGUGGAAUAGGAAAGACAACCAUUGCCAAAGCUAUCUGUAACCUACUGCAUAUACAUUUUGAAGCCUACAGUUUUUGUGAUGACAUUAAAGGGGUGGAAAAACGACAUGGGUUAGUUCAUCUCCAGGAAAAGCUUCUUGAGGACCUUAUGAAUGUAGGCAAUCUUCAGAUUCGUAGUGUAAGUCAAGGAAUCAGCAUAAUGAAGAGAAGAAUGUGGGUUAAAAAGGUACUUGUUGUACUUGAUGACAUAGAUCAUUAUGACCAAUUUGAAGCUCUAGCUGGAAUGCCUUCUUGGUUUGGUCCUGGAAGUAUGAUUAUAGUUACAGGUAGAGAUAGACAAUUGCUAAGUGCUCACGGGGUCGAAGAAAUAUAUGAAGUUGAUCUUUUAUUAGAUGAUGAAGCUCUUGAGCUCUUUAGUCUGUAUGCCUUUAGAGAUAAACACCAAAAAAAAGAAUUCAUAGAUCUUGCUAACCAGGUAGUUCACUAUGUCAAAGGACUUCCUCUUGCUCUUAAAAUUUUGGGCAGUUUUCUAUUCGGUAAGACUGUAGAGGAAUGGGAAAGUGAACUGAAGAAACUCGGCAGGUAUCCUAAUUCUCAAAUACAGCAAGUUCUCCGAAUAAGCUACGAUGCGCUAGACUUUGAUCAAAGAAACAUUUUUCUUGACAUUUCGUUUUUCUUCAAAGAGGAAAAGAAGGAUUACGUUAUGAAAGUACUAGAUGGCUGUGAUUUAUUUGCUGCCACUAAUAUCAGAGUUCUUAUUGAUAAGUCAUUAAUAUCAGUUCGUGAAGAUCGGCUUCAAAUGCAUGAUUUGGUCCAAGAAAUGGGUUGGCAAAUUGUUAAUGAAGAAUCUGAAGAGCCCGGGAAGCGAAGCAGAUUGCGGUUUCCCAACGAUGUACGUGCAGUAUUAAACAAGGAUAAGGGAACUGAAUCCAUUGAAGGCUUAGCCUUGGAUGUUUCGAGUUCAGAAGUCAAUAUUUGUGGUAAAACCUUCACAAAGUUGUAUAAUCUUCGGCUCCUACAACUUUAUAUCGGAUCCUGGAAUAAACUUAGAGACAUCAAUGGCAAAAUACGCCAGAGCAAAUUUGGGACAGAGACUAAGGUGAAGGCAACUUCUGGUGGGCUUGAAUAUUUGUCUAGUGAACUACGUUUGUUUUGUUGGCAUGGGUAUCCUUUCCAGAACUUACCAUCAACGUUCUACCCUGAGAGCCUUGUUGUCCUUGAUUUGUCCUAUAGUGGUAUUAAACAAAUUUGGAGCGGAUCAAAGGGUUUCAAAAAGUUGAUAUCCAUGAAUCUCAGUCAUUGCAAUAACUUGAUGAAGACACCAGAUUUCAUGGAAAUGCCAAAUCUUGAAGAGCUAAUUCUCAAUGGUUGUGAAAAUUUGAAUGAAGUCCACCCUUCUAUCGGAACUCUCAGGAGUCUCGUUGUCUUGAAUUUGGAAAAAUGCAUAAGCCUUGGGAGUCCUCCAAACUGCUUUGGAUUGAAAUCUCUUCAAAUUCUUAAUCUUUCUGGUUGCAAGAAACUGGACAAAUUUCCUGAUGAUAUGGGCAUUAUGAAAGCUUUAGUGGAGCUUCAUGCUGAUGGGACUCAAAUUGAGCAACUCCCUUCUUCUGUAUCUUCUCUUGGCAACCUUCAAGUACUUUCACUAGGCCGACGAGAAGAGAUCCAAACUAAAUCAUGGGGUUUGAUCCUUUGGCCUUCAUUUUCAUCAAGAAAGAUGCACCAUCCACCGAGUGCGGUAUUUCAUUCUUUAUCAAGUUUACGCUUCUUAAGAAAUGUUGAUGUUAGCCACUGCAACCUAACAGAAGCAAGCGUUGAUGGCAUUGAUUGUUUAUCGAUGCUUGAAACUCUAAACCUAAGUGGGAAUGAUUUCACAAGUUUACCCACUUUAAGUCAACUUUUUCGACUUGAAACACUUGGGUUGGUUGGUUGCAAGAACAUCCAGGCAAUGCCAGAACUUCCACCGAACAUUCAAUUGAUUGAGGCACAGGACUGCACAUCUUUGCGGGGAUUACCAGAGAAAUCAACCAUGUAUAAAAGUAGCAUUCAGUGCUUUGACUUCACUAACUGUGCAAAAAUGAUUGAGAAUCAAACUGUCAAAAGCCUGGUUACCAUGUUGCUGCCACAUGGACGCAUUGAUCCAUAUAAAAUAUUGACUGUAUUCCUUCCGGGAAGUAGAAUUCCUGGGUGGUUUAGCAAUCAAAGUACGGGAGAUUGUAUAAAAGUGGAGUUACCUCCCGCCUGGUGUUAUGAAAAUUUCAAGGGAAUAGCAUUGUGUCUUGUUUUUUCCCCCAGAAAUCUCGAUGGUCGCAAGAGUAGCUAUGGGUCAAUUGUAUAUGGCUUCAAAAUUUUUGAUGGUACUCCUAUUGGUAAAGAGUCUCCAAUUCCAGAUUCUAUAUUUCAGUACGAAAACAUAGGGAUCAAGUCAGACCAGAUAUUGUUAUGCUAUCACCAAUCUGAACCGAACUGGAAGAAAGCGAAGAAUUUCAUUUCAGUUUGCUUUCAAGUCUAUGGUGCAGACUGUGUUGUGAAAAUGUGUGGUGCAAGACUGGUGUGCGAGGAAGAUGAACAACAAGAAGUUAGCGGUUCAAGAAUGAUUCAGUGGCUCUCUCCACCUGCUGAAGAUGAGUCUCCGCUUAAGAAGAGACACUUUGUGUAA